AUGACAACCACCAUCCCGGGCUUCCUCAGGCUACCACUCGAAAUCCGUCAGCAGAUAUAUCACUACCUUCUCGCGCAAAGUUUCCAGAGUCGAACGAUCAAUAUAAGCGUCCGACAGCGACACGGUGGCUAUGAACUGCAAGGUCUCGAAAGCAUCCAAGGCCUGGUAUUCGUCAGCCGCAUCUUCCAUGACGAGCUUCUCAACUACUGCUUCAGUCGUUUCAACUUCUUCCUCCACAACGGCUCAGAAUCCAUACGCUGGGUGGCACGAGAAUUCUAUCGCCAAAUCGGAGCCGAGAACAGGAAGCUGGUCAAAUACAUCACUAUUCCCAGCUUCAGUAUCGAUCGGGUAUCGCUGCAUCCGGACAAUAUGAUUACGCUCUUCGCCGUUCACAAAGCUUUCUGCCUGCAGCUUUUGGAUGAGUUGCAACGUGUUUUUGCCCUUCUGGCACGCUUCCCAGCAUUGGAAGAAAUUGAUCUGGGAAUUGACACUCGGGAGGCAACGAGUCCGACCGAUCUCAGACAUUGCAAGGUACCGCCGCGGUCUAUGUCGAGAGAUGAUCUGAGAAGAGAGCGUGGGAUAAUAUAUCAGGGAUGCUCUGCAAGAAGCAAGAUUUUUACCAACAAGAGUGACUCUCGGUAUCUGGUGGACGACGACAGGUAUUAG